UCCUCUAUACUUUUGAGUCUUUUAUAUUUGCCCCAAAUGUUUAUUAACUUUUAAAUCUUGACACUUUGAUGAGAGACACUCAUCAAAGGUCAUUCUUCUCCACGUGUUCAGAGAUUAUACUUCAUGAAAUAAACCAUCUUGACACUCAUCUGAAGUUAUGCUAUUCCACGUGUUAAGGAGUUUCAUUUGUGUUUAACACGUUUUCACCCCUAAUUGCUAGGGUUUAGACUUAGGUUUCUCACUUUAUAUUCAUUAUUCAGUAUCAAUUGUUGCUCUUCAUAGCUUUCAAGGGUUGGAAUGGAAUAGGCAUCUUCUUCAGGGAUCAUUAUAUUAUCUUGUAAAGUGAUUGGUAGUAAAGAAGUGAAGCUGGAAAGUCAUCAGGAGGGUUCACUGUGUUGCCAAGGAAACUGCUAAUGGCUUGUAAAAGCAUUUCAAGUAUUACAGCUGGUGACGGUGCAGAACCGAUCGAAAUACGUGUAAUCAGAAAAUGGCUUUCAUUUGUCUACAAAGAGGAGUACUGCUUCUUAUUUGUUGACAGAGAGGGUACUGCAAUUGAAGCUAUCGGUAGCAAACGUGAUAAAGCAUUUCUAGAUGCCAAGCUUGUGUUGCAAUCAUGUUACCGUGUGACAAAUUAUUUGUCUGCCAGAGCAAGGCAGAGCCAUAAUGUCGUACCACGUGCAGCUACCAUCAAACUUGGACGGGGAACUCACUUUACACCUAUAGAUGACUCUGCUUUCCCUACUAACUACUUCAACUUUCUCCCGUUUAACAGGCUGCGAGACCGUGAGGGUAAUCAUUUUCUGCUCACAGACUACAUUGGCAGGUUUGAUACUAUUACUUCUGAUGGUCCAACAAAAACAAACAAGCGACUGAUGAAGCUUUUAGUUGAAGACGACAGUGAAAAUUUCAUUGAAGUGGCACUUUGGGAAGAGGUAGCCAACACGGUUAACAAAGAGGCUUUGAUUCAAGAACCUUUCCCAUGCAUCAUUGCAAUAACUUCACUUAAGGUGUCCGAAUUUAAUUAUCUGCAAAUGAAAUCGACUGCCCCUACCCACAUAUAUAUCAACCCUGAUAUUGAGGAAGCAUCAUCAUUAGCUACCAGAUUCAAAGAGAGAUACACAGCCAUCUCUAUAAAUCAAAGGAACUUGGUGACCUUAAGAGAAUUGGCUGAAAAGGAUCCUUCAACAAAUAGUGAAAGAAAAUUCACAUGUGUUGCUUCAAUCAUCAGCUUUACUCAAGGAAGGACAUGGUACUACAAAGGCUGCGUAAAAUGCAACAAAAAAUUAACUCCAAAGUCAGCUGCAUUAGCAUGCGAAAACCAUCCCGAUGUAGAACAACCAAAGUUACUUUACUGCCUUUGCGCGACCAUAGCAGAUACAACAGGCACCGCUACUGUUACUCUCUUUGAUGAAGCCAUGAAUUCACUCGUGCAAACCCGGUGUGAAGAGCUCAUAAUCCAGCAAGGCUACACGGAUCCCUACGUUAUACCGGACAAAAUUGAAGCAUUUAAAGGUGUUACUAAAACAUUUCACCUUCAAUUUAACAACCGGCCUCAGUCAGGUUCCUCCCAGUACAUUGUCAACAAUGUUUCCGAUCAUACUAACAUUCCCGAUGAAGAAAAGAACGCUGUGACAACGCUGACUGUGUCUGAAGAUCCACAGCAACAUAUGAUGUCCACUCCAGUUUCAGAGGCAGCUACCAUUUCCCCCAUCACUCUAGCAGAAGAACAAAAUGAUGCUUUAACAAUACCACCAGUCUCUGACGAUCCACAGCAACAAACGAUCUCCACUCCAGUUUCAAAAGCAGCUACCAUUUCCCCCAUCACUCCACCAAAUAUGUGUGUCCACAAAAGGCAACUUCUUAACUCACCAGACGAAGAUAGCAAGAAGAUGAAGUCUGCCAAUGCUCCAAAAUCCAAGCAGGACUAAUGUAGAACACACGUAACUAGCGCUAACCUUUUGGCCAGCAUACACAACAGUGGUCCACUUUCAAGACAUCGUUUUUUGUGCUGCAAUCUUAGUGAAUACCAUCACUUCUUUUGUUGCUGCACCUUUCAUUACCAUCUAUGAAUGGUCCACUCCACUUCUGAAGUCAUGCUUUUUGGGAUGUAAUCCAUGUGAACCACUAUCACUUCUUUGGCUUCACCACCUUUAGUUAGUUAUCAUGUAUAUAUAAAAAUAAUCAAAUGUAUGCUGGCAUAAUCUUUGGUAUGUAAACAUCUCAAUGUAUGGGCGCCUUCAAAGGCUAAUAUAUAAUUGUCCUUUAUAAUUUAGCAGUCUACAUAGCCAUUCGCAGCGAAGCGCGGGUACCUCUACUAGUUUUAAUUAUUUAUGAACGAAAAUGAUGGAAA